AAAUUGUAAUGAUAGAUUAGUAAACAAUAACACUGGAUUAAAUAUAUGGAUGCAAUUUCAAAAGGGUGCCACUUCUCUAUGGGGAAAUGGAAGGAACGAAUCCUUUCCCAAUUAAUGAAUUGGAUGAAGAUUUGGAUUCUGAUAAAUAAUAAUAAAACUAGCAUAAAAUAAUCUCCCCACUCUAAUUAAAGAGCUAAUUAAAACCUCUGAUAUAAACUAGAAAAAGAAGGCAAACUGUUCAUAAGUCACCUGUAAAUAAAUCUCAAUUUGAAAACCAUAUUGGGUUUCGAAAUUCAUUUUAUAAAAGCAAUAAUAAGGUGAAUCUGGCAUCAAGAUAGCGAGUUGAGGAAUUGAAGAAUUAAGAGAUUUUGAUGUUUACAAAAUAUGUGCAAAGAUUCUAAUUGUAAAAGUAAGCACUUUGGAAUUGA